AUGGUAUCAGAGCCACAGAAUCUCAUAGAUCCGGUGUUCCCUUUCCUUCCGAGGUUACCUUCAUCGGAUUUCAUCACCGUUACGAUCUCCGACGAAACUGACGAAAUUGAUGGAUUUUUUUACUGGUCGAGCUAUAUUGCGGUCUUCUCUUCUGCACAAUACGAUAACUAUCGCUUCUUCACUGGAUUAUUUUUUUUUAGCAUUGUUUUGGUUUUAAUGGUGAUAUCUGCUGCAUCUUCGCCUUCGUCUAUUUCUGAUACUACAAGUGAUACUACCCCAAUACACACCCGUCUUCCUUUCCAUCCUGCUGAUUAUACUCACCCUUGCCAUCCUUUAUAUGUUCAUCCUUCUGAUUUGUUGGGAAGCUCUUUAGUUUCUGAGCCCUUUGAUGGGAUUUGUUGUGGGAGUUGGCGACGAUCCGUGUUGGCUGCCCUUUUCGUUAGAAACAAGCUGGAUUUCAUCCAUGGGACUGUUGAGAAACCUCCUGAGGGAUCUCCUCUCAUGCGACAGUGGCAGAGAUGCAAUAAUUUAGUUGUUGCAUGGCUUUCCAACUCUGUCACUAAGCAAAUCCAUCGAACAGUCGUAUAUUCUGAAUAUGCUAAGGAUAUUUGGAGGGAAUUAGAGACUAGGUAUGGGCAGGCUGAUGGAGCUAAAGUUUUUGAGCUAAAGAAGGAACUAGCUCACAUUUCUCAGGGUGCUCUUGACAUUGUCACUUACUUCAACAAAAUAAAGCAACUCUGGGAUGAGUUGGCUUCUAUUUCUGAGUGUAAGUGCACUUGUGGUGGUGGCGUAAAGGCAGAGGAGGAGCAACGUGUUUACCAGUUUUUGAUGGGGUUGAAUGAUGUAUAUGUUCAGAAAUCUGGACGUAGCAUUGAAAAGUGCUACAAGCUCCAUGGUUUUCCACCCAAUUUCAAAUUCACAAAGAAUGUUGCACCUCGAAGAGCAUCUGCCAAUGCUGCUAUUGAGUCUUCUUAUGUCUUCUCAUUCCAUUCUAGCCCUAGUCCCAGUACUGUAUUUUCAAAUGAUGCAUCUGAUCAGCACUCUGGAGUGCCAGGGCUGACCAAGGAGCAAUAUUCUCAACUGAUGGUGCUUCUGCAACAGUCUCAUGUUAGCCCAGAUCCUUCUCACUCUCUCAUGGCCUCUACUCAUUUUGCUGGUAGGAUUGCUACUCACAGUGUGUUACUUAAACCUGCUUUAUUUUCACAAGUAGAUAGUUCAACUUGGAUUCUUGACUCUGGGGCAUCUGAUCAUAUGACUUCUCAAAAGUCUCUUCUCUUUAAUCUACAACCUCUCACUAUUCCAUGCCUUGUAUCUCUUCCUAAUGGAUAUAAAGUUAAGGUUACACUUACUGGAUCUUUGACUUUGUUUUCCAAUUUCACACUUCAUAAUGUCCUCUACGUUCCAACUUUCCAGUUUAACCUUAUUUCUGUUUAUCAGUUAGUGGCACAAUUUGAUGGCAUUGCUCAGUUCUUUAAGGCUAUGUGUGUCUUACAGGGCCCUUCUCUGAAGAAGCCACUGGUUCUUGGUAAACUGGACAAAGGGUUAUACAAGCUGGACAUUACUCAAUCAACAUCCAUGCCAUGUUCAUCUCUUUCUGUUGUUUCUUUUCCUGUUAUUGAUGUGUGUUCACCUGAUUCUGUUUUUUCUGUUGAUCCUGUUUGUAAUUCAUCUCAUUCCACUAUUAAUAAAAUGGAUGUUCUUUGGCAUUUUAGACUAGGACAUGUAACUUUUUCUAAGAUGAAACUUAUUUCUGAUAUUAGUCCUUGUAUUUCCCCUAAGCAAUCCUUCCCUUGUUCUGUCUGUCCCUUGGCCAAGCAAACUAGGUUAUCUUUCCCUGAUAGUUCCAUUCAAUCUUCUUUCCCAUUUCAACUAAUCCAUGUUGAUACUUGGGGUCCCUACCAUUCCCCCGCAUCAGGUGGUGCCAGGUAUUUCCUCACUAUAGUUGAUGACUAUACUAGGGCUAUCUGA